CCAAUCACAGGCUGCUUUUCACAGAGGUCGCCUAAACGGGCCAAUGAUAUCGACCCGCUUUAGCCGAGGCGGAACUUCCGGUUGGUGGUAUAAACCAACUGAGGCCUCUCCAUGCGGUUGUGAUCUAUCGGGGCAGUCGAAGCUAACACUGAAACGACAAAUACAAUGGCUGAGAAUGACGUUGACAACGAGCUCCUUGAUUAUGAAGAGGAUGAGGAGCCUCAAGGAGCCCCCGAGAGUGCAACCCCAGCAGGCAAGAAGGAGGUGAAAGGUUCCUAUGUUUCCAUCCACAGCUCUGGCUUCAGGGAUUUUCUUCUGAAGCCGGAGCUUCUCCGGGCCAUCAUUGACUGUGGUUUUGAGCAUCCAUCUGAAGUGCAGCAUGAAUGCAUCCCACAAGCUAUCCUGGGCAUGGACAUUCUGUGCCAAGCCAAAUCUGGUAUGGGCAAGACGGCUGUGUUUGUGUUGGCGACCCUGCAACAGAUCGAACCCGUUGACGGACAGGUGUCUGUAUUAGUCAUGUGUCACACACGAGAGCUGGCCUUCCAGAUCAGCAAAGAGUACGAGCGUUUCUCCAAGUACAUGCCCACCAUAAAAGCAGCAGUAUUCUUUGGUGGCCUGCCUAUCAAGAAAGACGAGGACGUCCUGAAGAAGAACUGCCCUCACAUCGUUGUCGGAACUCCCGGCCGUAUCCUCGCCCUGAUCCGGAACAAGACGCUCAGUCUGAAGAAUGUCAAGCAUUUUGUCCUGGAUGAGUGUGACAAAAUGCUGGAGCAGCUAGACAUGAGGCGUGACGUUCAGGACAUCUUCCGGAUCACACCGCAUGAGAAGCAGGUCAUGAUGUUCAGUGCAACACUGAGUAAGGAAAUCCGACCAGUGUGCCGCAAGUUCAUGCAAGAUCCCAUGGAGGUGUUUGUGGAUGACGAGACCAAACUUACACUCCACGGCCUGCAACAGUACUACUGCAAGCUGAAGGACAGCGAGAAAAACCGCAAGCUAUUUGACCUGCUUGAUGUGUUGGAGUUCAAUCAGGUGGUGAUCUUCGUCAAGUCAGUUCAGCGCUGCGUCGCUCUGUCCCAGCUGCUGGUGGAGCAAAAUUUCCCUGCCAUUGCCAUCCACAGGGGAAUGGUUCAGGAGGAAAGGCUGUCUCGCUAUCAGCAAUUCAAAGACUUCCAGCGGCGGAUCCUGGUGGCCACCAACCUUUUUGGCCGAGGGAUGGACAUUGAGCGAGUGAAUAUCGUCUUCAACUACGACAUGCCAGAAGAUUCUGACACCUAUUUGCACAGGGUUGCCCGUGCUGGUAGGUUUGGGACCAAAGGCCUGGCUAUAACCUUUGUGUCAGACGAGACUGAUGCCAAGACUCUGAACGAUGUGCAGGACCGCUUUGAAGUCAAUGUGGCCGAGCUGCCAGAUGAGAUUGACAUCUCAUCUUACAUCGAGCAGUCCAGAUGAGUCCUCCGGCCAAACGGCAGUCUGCUCUUCGUGGAUCUCGUCUUGUAUUUGGAAGUAGACGUACUUCACUGUUGAUUUGGAUGCUCUGCAUUUCCUAUGUUCACCAAACAUUUAUUUUUAUUGUCAGUUUUUAGGGGGGUUUGGUUUUAAUUUGUCUUUGUUUUGCUUAAUGGAAUUAAAACUUUUUAUAAAAUGUCAUUUUACUGUUGUGGUCACUUAUGAGGAUGCGGUCUCUGCUCAGUUUUCAUUGGUUUCAUUUUCAGCAGAGACAGAGCUUCAGGGAAACCUUCAGAGGAACAUGUGAUAGGAGUCUGUGCUUUUUCUUUAUGUCCAAGCAAGAUUUGUAUAGAUGUUGUUUUCCUUCCCAGUACAAAAAAAGUGGCUGUUUGGAUGGUAAUCAAAAAGUUGUGAAGACACAAAUUAGGCUCAAAAGGCAGCUCUUUCUAUGAAUUUUUAACUGAAUAUUCUCCAAUAAAUGAAGUCACCACAUGAA